UCUAGCGGGCUCUGCUUGCUGCUGCUAUCCGAUCGACUGACUGCCUUCAGAACAAGCAGGCUGUGCGCGCCGUGUGGUACCGUUGCGGUGUGGUGUCAAGUGCCGCUGCCUUCGCUUAGCCGCUAGCGACGAGUUACUGCUUGACCACUCUUUUGUUUCUCUAUUGGAUCGGUUGCCCCCCCUCAGUCUCUUCGAGUGCAAAACCCUCCUCCUCAGCGGCUGCUGCGAAGGAAACGAAGCGUCGGAAUUCCGUUCCCCUUCGAUCACGAAGACGGCCGUGUCUGUUUCGAGUGCUUGUGCGUUGGUUUGCCCUUGCGUGUGUGCGUGCGGGCGCGCUGAAGUUUCCCGUCGCAUCAGCGCGCACUUCCGAUCCUUAAAGGAGACGACAGCAUCGUGGGGAGGAGCUGCCAACCGCUACGUUGUCUUCAUCUCGAUUCGGCUGGUGGCGAUUUCCCCGUGUGUUUCCCGAUUUCUGUUCCUUUCAAAACGAGAAAUGACCAAUGGCGCCUUCGCCUCGCGCUUCGGCGUAUCCGACGGCAGCGUGCCGCCGUUCUUCGUCGGAGACCGCCGCCGAUGCUAGCGCUGACCGCUGGCCGAAGGCGGCGACCCUGAGGCGGACGUUUGGAGCUGAAGACAGCGUUGUCGUCGUCGUCUGCGACUCCGGCGUCGUCGUCGUAGCGUUGCCAGCCUUCGCCGCCGACGCUCUGAGAUGGGCGAACGCCGCGCUAAGACGGUGUCGAGGAGCCGCAGUGCCUUUAGCCUACGAGGUCCCAAGUGCGGGAACAGUAACAUGAGGACUGGCUCGCUGGGCUCCAACUCUCGGCUUCCGCACGGUGCCAGCAGCGGCGGGGGCGGCUCGAGCGGCGUGGUGGAGGUGAGCAAGCAUGCCAGCAGGCUGGCCACCCUGAGCCGCCUCUUCAAGCCCUGGAAGUGGAAGCGGAAAAAGAAGAGUGACAAGUUCGAGCAGACCUCACGCACCUUGGAGCGCAAAAUUUCAAUGCGAGCCACAAAAGAAGAGCUCAUCCAGCGGGGUGUCCUGCUCUCUGACCGUGAGCUUGGAAGCCCCACGCAGAAAGGGGAAACUGUGACCCCACCCUCCCCACCGCUCCCUUCCUCCUCUCCCCCCCAAGCCAAUGGCGCGGUUGUGUCCCCUGAUGAGUCUUCGGAACCUGAUAGCACGUCUGUGAUAGCAUCUGACCCCGCUUCCACCGGGGACGAAGCGGCAGCGGCGCCCUCCUCUGAGACGGAAAACUCCACAACAGCACCUCCGAUCCUGCUGGACAUGAGCUCUCUGCACCUGUCCCCCGUGGGCCACAGUGGCGGCAUGAGUGGCGGCAGCGGUGGUGGGGGGGAGCCCCCUUCCCUGGAACUCCUGACCCUCUCGGCACUGCCAGAGCCUCCUAUAGCAGUGAACGAGAUCGGACCCAUCCCGCCCCCACCAAUGUUCUCCAACCCGUCGCCCACGUUAGGGCUGCGGUUCGCCGAAGUGGCCUCGAGCCUGAACCUGAGGUUUGCCGCCAUGGCGGAGCGCAACCGGCAGAUGGCGGCCGCCGCUGCGUCGCAGGAAGGGUCUCCCACGGCACCCCCGACGCAGCAGCAACCGCCACGGCAGCAGACGCCCCUGCCGCCGCGCCGGUUGGUACCCCCUGAGGGCGACGACUCGGACGACUCGGGGGUUACGGGCGACAUCUGCGAGGCGACUGUGCCCGCCCGGACGCCAGCCUCGCCGGCUGGAGGAGAUGGUGGGGGCGGAGGACCCCUCGUAGAGGAGAUCCCGGCCAAGGAGCCUCCACGGAGUUCCGUCCUGCCCCGCAAGAGCGCACUCAAGAAGCAGCAGGUCAACGGGGCCCACGCGACACAGCAGCAGCUGACGGCGGCACAAGCCAGGUUGCGGCCAACGCGGAUUCACCUGAGCCCCAGUGGCGCCCAGAGUCCCCUGCCUCCCGGGUUGCAACUGCACGAGGGCAGCAACAAGGAGAACCACUGGCCCCCUCCACCCCCGUCCGCUGGAGGUGACAACCACUCGGACUCGGACGAGGACGGUCCAAUCAACUGGCGCGACUACUACGGCGACGACGAGCAAGGUCGCCUGGCCGCCAAGAUAGCACGCAAGGACUCGCUGGCCCUCAAGCUUUCCCAGCGGCCCGACCGGCAGGAGCUCAUCGACAAAAACAUCCUGCAGAUGCAGUCUGAUCGCGAACGGCAGGAGUCGCGGGAGGCGGUUGGAAACAAAUUAACAAGGAGGCUAAGUUUGCGUCCUACGCCUGAAGAGCUAGAACAAAGGAAUAUUCUCAAGCUCCAGACUGCCGAAGAGCUCAAGAAGGAAAAGGAGCAGAAGAAAAAAGUAUUAAUACGGAAGUUGAGCUUCCGGCCCACCAUUGAGGAACUGAAGGAGCGAAAGAUCAUUCGCUUCAACGACUACGUCGAGGUGACGCAGGCACAAGACUACGACCGCAGGGCCGACAAGCCGUGGACCAGGUUGACGCCGAAAGAUAAGGCUGCCAUUAGGAAAGAACUGAAUGAAUUCAAAAGCAUGGAGAUGGAGGUUCAUGAAGACAGCAGGCACCUCACUAGGUUUCACAGGCCUUGAAGCUCAUCUGCCCUCAUGGUAACUGAAGAAUCGCUGCCAAGGGCAAAAAAGAAAAGGAAGGGACACGAGGUCUCGUCUAAGGUCACUUCCCACGCCUGCGUUUCGGGCGUCUGUGACUGCAGGCGAGCUGUGCCGCAGCGCGAUUCCGACGCCUCCCAGCUCUGCUAGACGCGCCACCUGAUCACGCCCAUUGGGAACAAACAAGGCAUCCAGCAAGGCGGCGAGGUGCCUUCGGGAUAGGAGCUGUGCAGGCAUCAAUUAGGCUUUUAAGUGCGCCCCACCCCCAACACACUUAUUCCUGCUUCGAAACCCCAACAAGGCAACCGAGAGAGCUUGUCAGCACAGGCGUUCACACCUGCAAAGACUGAAUUUGACAUCCAGAAAUUUCGGAAUUUCGGAAUUUCGGCUGGAUUGCGGGUGAUUCUGCCUGUACGUGAAUGGUUCGCGUACCUAUCGAGUCGUGGCUGCAGUGUGAUAGCGCAGCUGUCUUACUCGCGUUGCAACCGUACGGCCACGACUUGGGACCGCUCGUCAACGCGAAGCAGUGCAGAUAACCAGCCCUCUUCCUCAAGCAGUUACUCCUUUUGCGCAGAAACCCGCUAUGUAAAAGCGAUAUUAGCAAGAGGCUAAGAUUAGCGAGAGCUUGGCAAAAUUUGGAGAUUGCUCUCUGGAGCCUUGCGCGAACAUCGAGGCGCAUGUAAUCACUGGUUGGUGAAGCUUGAUCGCUCUCUCAGUGGGCUCUUUUGCCGGGCUGCAGUGUGUCUGCGUUGCCUUUUGGGUCUCUGCAAGGCUAUCCCAAUCCUUGGCUUCGAAACCAGCGGCCUGCCUCUUUUCCGAAAAGACCGGACGCAAAAAGCGUGAAAGACGGCCCAGCUUUCACCUGCUCGCUGCACUACUCUUCCACUGGCUGCUCUGUUGGCGCACCUUGUGUUGCACUGCUGUGUUUGAGUGGCACGGUGUUGUUCCAACCCCACUCCGGGUGCUGGCAUCCGUCUAUGAGGACCGAAAAAACGAAACUGGAGAAGACGCCGCAGCGAGUUUUUUUUUUUUUUUUUUAUCCCCCACGGUCACCAAGUGUUGCAAGUGCUCCCCCUCCCCCCCUUCCAGAGGUUGGCGGGGCGCACGAGUGGAGAGUUUUUCGGUGUGCCGUUCUUCGUGAGUGCGGGCGUCUUUUCCUCGUUGUCAACUUUUCCUGGGUACCGCCGCUCCGCAGCGCAAUUUUCCUCAGGCUGGACCUUUUAGUGCAAGCUGGGGCCACUGCGUCGUCAGCAAUGGCUUUUGGUUUUCUUAGUUUUUUUUCUUCCUCCCUCUCUGCCUCUACGUCAAGUCCUGCACUUGCAGAGAGUGAAGAAAUGAGGUGUUCUCGUUUCUUUUUUUUUUUUCCCUCCCUGUUUUUUUCCAUUUGCUGCAUUGGACUUGUACACCGGCCAUGCCGCACGACGCCUGCCCCUGCAGCCACUGAGUCACAUGACAACAGCAGCACUGGUUUUCCUUGUGUUGUUGGAGACUUCUGCUGCUGCGUAUGCUGUGUAUGUGCGCAUGUUGUGCACAUGUGUGUGUGUGUGUGCAUGUUUUUGUUCUUUCUAUCUGUUGUUUGUUAGGUUUUUAACUGCGCAUUGUUUUCCCCGUUGCGUUCGGCCAGCAUUGUUGUUUGUUGGUGUUCUCUUAAUGUCUUCUGUAAAUUUUACUCUCUCGUCGCGAUGCGAACGCUUGCCAUCGCGAGUGCUUCUCAUCUGUAGGCCUUGGUCCUUCCCGCCUAAACCAAGCUGGGAGAAACUUCUUUUAUCUUGCUUUUAACACAUGCAAAAACCUAUCAAGAGGGAUGCCUCUCUGUUUGUGUUCUUUUGUUUAUUUUACUCGCCUAUUCCUAAUAUUGUUGUUCUUUUCUGGUAAUUUUUAAAAGCUGCAAAAUCGCGUUUGUGCCGCUCAUGUUGCAUACACGUUUUUCGUUAGCCAUUCGCAAAGUGAACGUGUUGCGUAUGCACGUAUGCUCGGGUGCACUCGUCUGUUGCGUCAGAUAUAAUUUGCCCGUCAUCGACAUCCCAUCGGAUUGCGCCGCGUCUUUCAGAGCAAUUGCCACAAAGUUUCUAUCAUUUUCUUGUCUCGCAUUCACAUCAUUAUGUCUGCACUUCAUCGUUGAUCAUGUUACAAGAAUGUUGCGUUGCAAAAGGCUACCAAGGCCAAGCAAGCUCCCUUGAGUUUUUCUUCUUUUGCAUUUCGGACAAUGCAAGUCGGUUGAGCAACAGGAAAGGUAGUUGGUCAUUCGUAGCUCGUGCUACGCACAAUUUCCUCUUCAAAUGCGUCUCAUUGUUCCGCGACUUCGCUUGAUUGAACUUGUUUGUGCACAUUUUUGUCAAAUCUCUGCAUGUAGACAGUUUCCGUAGCUGGAGUUCAGUGGCUGGAGCACUGAAUUCACCGGUUCAAUAACGUUUGAUAGAACUUUGCUUGGCUGGUCAAGUUUAGUUGCCGAAGUAUCGUAUUCACUAGUUGAUAAUGUUUGAUGGGGUUUUGUGCAAGAGAGGUCGCUGUAACGUUUUAACGGCUGCACUGUGCGCGCCACGCAUGGAGCAUGUGUUGCGAUCGUUUGCAGCAUUGUGGUUUUUGGGACUUUCUGUGGAAUAUUGUGUCACUUUGAUAGAAUUCGUGUUCUAGGCGCACUUUAUUGCUGCUGUCUGAUUGAAUAUCUAUUUUUUCAUGUGCCAAAUGCUGUGUCGAUUUGGUAGCAUUGUUUGAACAACUAUUCAAGACCAGCUUAGCAUUUGCUUCAUAAUGCAAUACAAAAUCGGGCUGCCAUGGUAAUUAUCCUUUGUUUUUCGUAUUGGGACACUGUUCUAGUGUAUUUUGCCUUUAAGGAAAAAAAAAUGUGAUCAUUAUCGGGGACGUUAGAGGUGGUUGUUGGGAAAAAAAAGCCAAAUGCGAAUGUUCUCAAGCAGAUGGCCUCACGAUGCUAAAACCCAUGUGUCUUCACAGUUCAUAUUUUUCUCUCGUGCAAACAAGACGGGGAAAGUCGUGCAUUAAAACGAGUUAUAAACCUUAUGUACUGUCGGGCAUCUCUUUGCAGAAUUUUGAGAAUGCUGCAGGUAAUCUUAACUGUUAGAAAAAUCAUUGAUGCCAAGUUUUCAAAUUGGCAAAACUUCUUGUGGAUAGCACCGUCUACUUAAUGCAUGCCGACGUCUCUGCGGACUGUUGUCGUUUGAGGGGGACAGGGGAAUGGGUCAUAGCUAGACUCUAUGCAACGUACCCGGCAUGAGCGCUUGGGAAGUAAACAUCGACUCGUUGGGAACUACUUUCUCUUUGCGCAUUUGUCCUUUCGCGAGGUCCCCCCGUCUCGCGGAUGACGACUUGUAGGGAACAGAAAAAACACAGGCGAGCAACGGAACAAACGUGGCCUCUUUAAUUCCCGUUUUACUCUGUCUUUGAUGUGGAGGGCGUGCACGCAUAUUCCUGUGUUGUGACGAAGCUAUCGCUGCUGAGGCAAGUGAUCAAGGAAGGAUUGUACAUAACUGUCGGGACGUAGGCCUUUUUUUUUUCUUGCCACGGCACCUGUAUAUAUCUAUAUAUACAUACAUAAACACGCGUAUCCAUAUUGUGCACGUCUCGGUGUUCCUUCGAUUUAUCACGUGUAAUGCGCCUGCCGGCCUUGUCACAUGCCAAAGCGUGCUAGGCUACGUGAAAGUUUUUUCUUGCCUUCUCUCUAUAGAUAUAGCAUAGAAUUGUGCGAAUGAAUUUUACGUAUAUUUCAAUUUGUUUGGAAAACUUUUGUUUGGCCCUGUACAUAGGUUGCGAACAAUGCUGUGUAAAUAUUGUACAUGUGCAAAUGAGCUUUCAUUUUUGUUUUUACUUGUUUUGUUGAUUAUGAAAUUUUUUUUCCAUUUUGUUUUGUUUUUCACACACAGUGUUGACCAUUUUAGGUUUCUUAGCUUGCGUGUCAUCAUAUUUUGUCUCUAAUGCAAACUGCUACUCGUGCGACGUAGUUUCUUUACAGGCUGUGCCCUGUAGGUUGAGUGGCAGUAAAGUCUGAAAAAACUUUUACAACUAGUUACAUUAUAGUAAAGUGCUGACUUUGGUUGAGAUGUGUGGUUGCACAUCAAAGGCUGAAUCUGGCAUUGGCUAAAGCCUCGUAAGCCAUGAUACACUCGUAUUGAGACACUCAGAAACGCCACUGAAUUAUCAUACAAGCUUUACUCCUCUGUAAUCUAGUUGAUUCUGACUAUGCCUGCCAGGUGUCUAUUGAAUUCUACAUGCAUUAUCAAUUAUUGAACAUUGCAGUAACGAGUUGCACUGAAGAAAAAAUUUUCAUUAUAUCCACUAUUAAGAAUAAGCAUUUACAUGUGUGCUACGUACUUGUAUUGGCUACUUUUCCUUGGGAUUUACUUCAAAGUAUCUGAGAAUUCGCACUUUCACAUGAAAAUGUUCAUGAGAUUUACACGUUCAUGUAAAGUUCCUUUUGUGAAAUUACACAUUCACAUGAGAUUUGCACGGAGGUUGCAAUUGAGGCAAUGUUUGUACCUAACCGGUCGCUGCUAUCGAACCUGCCUUUGUAAACGAACUUGUACUGUUAGCUGUCGCACUUCGUACUUGAUGGGUAGUCUUGUUUUGCACAUGUAAUUAAGCUCUUCACAGGACUUCUAAAGUCGAUCAUAAGGCGUCACAUUUGGUUAUCUAGUUUUUUUUUUUUUUUUUUUUUUUAGCAGCAGCUAUUUUGUGAAGGCAAUGAUGGGCAAAAAGUUUUGUAAAGCUCUGUAGCCAGUCCAAAAUGGUUCAGUUGAUUUUGAAGUUUUCGAAGUCGGCCAUAAUGCCACGAGUUGCUUACUUUAAUUACAGAUCUAUAACAGUUGCUGAUGAUGACACCCAAGCAGUUUCCGGAAAUGGCUGAUACUGACUGGUCCUUUUUUUUUUUUACUUAGUCCAGUCGUCCAAAGCCCAAACUCUUGCUAUUUUAUUUUGUCUGCCACGCGAAAGGUUUUAGUGCAUGUAUCUUUUUUUUUUUAAUAGAAAUGAAUCGUACUGAAGUGGCGGGUGACUGAUGAAAGCCUUUGGAUGUGAAUAAAAAAAAAGAAUAUAGAUGCUGUU